UUUUCUGCGAUAGCCGGUGGCCCCUGACCCAGAACUGACCCUGCAGGCCCAAGAAACUACUCGCUAACUACCAGUAUUCCCCGGGUCUGUAAAAAUGCGUAAGGCAUUUGUUUACGCGCUGGUUCUUCUAACCGCGGUCGUGAGUGCCGUGGACUCUGUCUUACUGAAGAAAGGUUGGUACAGAACGCAGUCCAGAGGGAGGAAGAUAACACUGAACGAUGUGGAAGUCUUCGAUGAGAGUACUGUUCCCGACAGCGACUACUUGCGUGUCGGUGGUAGGAUCCCGACUUUAUCCAAAGGCAGUGUCAGGAACCUCAGCAACGCGACCAUUUUGAAGUUCAGUUUUUGUGGGGUAACCAACGUGUUGGCGGGGGCAUUCGAGAAUUUGCCCAAGCUAGAAAUCUUGGCAUUGCUAGACAAUGAAAUCGACCACGUGCGUGCAGGUGUAUUCAACAACAUGAACUUGACCACGUUGUAUCUUCAAAGGAACCAGAUCGCUACUAUCGAUACCAAGGCUUUCGACGACAUGCCUAGGUUGUACAAACUUAAACUAAAUUCCAACAAGAUCUCCGUUUGGGAUCCCAACUGGUUCCACAACUCACCGUCUCUGACGGAGGUGUUAUUUAGAAGGAACAACAUCCAAAGCAUCCCCAGCAAAGCCUUCCAGAACAUCAAAGGCAGUCACGUCUACCAAGGAACCUACUUGGUGGAUACCAAGAUCUACCUCAGCAAGAACAGUAUAUCUUACAUCUCGCCAGAUGCUCUCUAUGGGCUCGAGGAACUGAGCCAGCUUUGGCUGGACAGGAACCGGCUGACGGAACUGGAUGAGGGAAUUUUCGCUGGAAUCACUCAGAUGAGUAUUCUGUUCCUUUCUAAAAACAAACUGAAAGCGUUACCGAGCAAGAUGUUUCCAAAGUUGACAUCCGACAUUGACAUCUUGGAUCUGACGCAUAAUAACAACAUAACUUGUUUGUCGUACGACAUAGUUUCCGCGGUCAAGCUGACUAAUGUCCAGGAUGUCAGGAGGCUGGACUGUGAGUGUGUGCAGAAGCUCGUGGAUCGAUUAAAGGAAGCGGAAAAGGUCAACGAAAUCAAAGCAGAUUGCAAAAAGAAGCAUUAGAUUUUUUUGUGAUAAUAAGUUUGUUAAUUGAUUACAUACACAUGGUUGUUCUUUAAUAAAUAUUUAUUUUUUA